GCACAAACCUGCAGGGUUUUACCAAUCAGCAAGCAGUAGAGGUAUUGCGACACACAGGACAAACUGUGCGCCUGACGCUGAUGAGGAGAGGAACAAAGCAGGAAGCCGAGUUCACGUCAAGGGAGGACGUCACAAAAGACACAGACUUGUGUCCUCUUAAUGCCAUCAUAGGCAAAGAAAAUUAUGAAAAAGUUGAAGAUUCUUCAUCUUUGAGGAGAAAUACCAACAUAUUACCAGUUGAAGAAGAAGGGUAUCCAUUACUAUCAGCAGAGAUAGAAGAAAUAGAAGAUGCCCAACCACAAGAAGCUGCCCUGCUGACCAAGUGGCAAAGGAUUAUGGGAAUUAACUAUGAGAUAGUGGUGGCCCAUGUGAGCAAGUUUAGUGAAAACAGUGGGUUGGGGAUAAGUCUGGAAGCAGCAGUGGGACAUCAUUUUAUCCGAUCUGUUCUACCAGAAGGUCCUGUUGGACACAGUGGGAAGCUUUUCAGUGGAGACGAACUAUUGGAAGUAAAUGGCAUAACGUUACUUGGGGAAAAUCACCAAGAUGUGGUGAAUAUUUUAAAGGAACUGCCUAUAGAAGUCACAAUGGUGUGCUGUCGUCGAACUGUGCCCCCUACUACCCAAUCAGAUUUGGAUAGCCUGGACUUAUGUGAUAUUGAGCUAACAGAGAAGCCACAUGUAGAUCUAGGUGAGUUCAUCGGGUCCUCAGAGACAGAGGAUCCAGUGCUGGCGGUGACUGAUGUGGGUCAGAAUACGGAGGAAGUUCAAGCUCCUUUGGCCAUGUGGGAGGCUGGCAUUCAGCACAUAGAGCUGGACAAAGGAAGCAGAGGACUUGGUUUUAGCAUUUUAGAUUAUCAGGAUCCUAUUGAUCCGGCAAGCACUGUGAUUGUAAUUCGUUCUUUGGUGCCUGGUGGCAUUGCUGAAAAGGACGGACGACUUCUUCCUGGAGACAGACUCAUGUUUGUCAAUGACAUUAACUUGGAAAACAGCAGUCUUGAAGAAGCUGUAGAAGCACUGAAAGGAGCACCAUCAGGAACUGUGAGAAUAGGAGUUGCCAAGCCUUUACCUCUUUCACCAGAAGAAGGUUAUGUCUCUGCUAAGGAGGAUUCCUUUCUCUACCCACCACACUCCUGUGAGGAGGAGGAAGGGCUGGCUGACAAAGCCCUCUUCAGGGCUGACUUGGCUCUGGUGGACACAAAUGAUGCUGACUUUGUAGAUGAAUCCACACUUGAGUCUCAAUACUGUCCUGAUAAUGACAGUAUCUACUCUACUCAAGCCUCUCUUUUAUCUCUUCAUGACAGUGCUUGUAGUGAUGGCCUGAACUAUGGCCCCUCCCUUCCAUCGUCUCCUCCCAAGGAUAUUACUGAAAAUUCUGAUUCGGUACUUGAUCUACAUAUGUCCUUGGAGGAACUAUAUGCCCAGAAUCUCCUGCAAAGACAGGAUGAAAAUCCACCUUCAGUAGACUUGAGCAUGGGGCCUGAUUCUGGCUUUACCAUAAACGAUUUUACACCUGCAAAUACUAUUGAGCAACAAUGCGAAUGUGAAAACACAAUAGUGUGGAAUGAAUCUCAGUUACCGAGUGAAGUUAUAUCAAGUGCAGAACUUACUUCUUCUGUGCUACCUGAUUCAACUGGAAAGGGUUCUGAGUACUUAAAUGAACAGAGCUCUCUGGCCUCUAAUGCUGAGUGUGUCAUGAUCCAAAAUAUAUGCAAAGAAUCUUCUGAGAGGACUAUUACUAUCGCAAAAGGCAAUUCUAGCCUAGGGAUGACAGUAAGUGCUAAUAAAGAUGGCUUGGGGAUGAUCGUUCGAAGCAUUAUUCAUGGUGGUGCCAUUAGUCGAGAUGGCCGGAUUGCUGUUGGGGACUGCAUCUUGUCCAUUAAUGAAGAAUCAACCAUCAGUUUAACCAAUGCCCAGGCACGAGCCAUGUUGAGAAGACAUUCUCUCAUUGGGCCUGACAUAAAAAUUACUUAUGUGCCUGCAGAGCAUUUGGAAGAGUUCAGAGCAAGCUUGGGACAACAAUCUGGAGGAAUAAUGGCACUGGAUAUUUUUUCUUCAUAUACUGGCAGAGAUAUUCCAGAACUACCAGAGCGAGAAGAAGGAGAGGGAGAAGAAAGGGAACUUCAAAAUGCAGCAUACAGCAAUUGGAAUCAGCCCCGACGGGUUGAACUUUGGAGAGAACCAAGCAAAUCCUUGGGCAUCAGCAUUGUUGGUGGACGAGGGAUGGGGAGUCGUCUAAGCAACGGUGAAGUGAUGAGAGGCAUUUUCAUCAAACAUGUUCUUGAAGAUAGUCCAGCUGGCAAAAAUGGAACCUUGAAACCUGGAGAUAGAAUAGUAGAGGCACUCAGUCAGACAGAGUCGGAGCCAGAGCAGGCGCCAUUGUGUGACAUGCCUCCACCCCCUCCUUCGGCAUUUGUGGAAAUGAGCAGUGAUCAUGCACAGUCAUCUGCAAGCAAAAUCUCAGAAGAUGUGAACAAAGAGGAUGAGUUUGGUUACAGCUGGAAAAAUAUCAGAGAGCGUUAUGGAACCCUAGUAGGUGAACUGCACAUGAUCGAACUAGAGAAAGGUCGUAGCGGUUUGGGUCUAAGUCUUGCUGGGAACAAAGACCGAUCCAGGAUGAGUGUCUUUAUAGUGGGGAUUGAUCCACAUGGAGCAGCAGGCAAGGAUGGCCGAUUACAGAUUGCAGAUGAGCUUCUAGAGAUCAAUGGUCAGAUUUUAUAUGGAAGAAGUCAUCAGAAUGCCUCAUCAAUCAUUAAAUGUGCCCCUUCUAAAGUGAAAAUAAUUUUUAUCAGAAACAAAGAAGCAGUGAGUCAGAUGGCUGUAUGUCCUGGAAAUACAGAACCUUUGCCUUCUACCUCAGAGAAUCUUCAAAAUAAGGAGGCAGAACCAAAUGUUACUAUUUCUGAUGCAGCUGUGGACCUCAGUUCAUUUAAAAAUGUGCAACAUCUGGAGCUUCCCAAGGAUCAAGGGGGUCUGGGCAUUGCUAUUAGCGAAGAAGAUACGCUCAGUGGAGUCAUCAUAAAGAGUUUAACAGAACAUGGAGUAGCAGCCAAGGAUGGACGACUCAAAGUUGGAGAUCAGAUCUUGGCUGUGGAUGAUGAAGUUGUUGUUGGUUAUCCUGUUGAAAAGUUUAUUAGCCUUCUGAAGACAGCAAAGACGACCGUAAAACUGACCGUUCAUGCUGAGAAUCCAGAUUCCCAGGCUGCUCCUUCAGCAGCUGGUGCAGCCAAUGGAGAGAAAAAGAACAGCUCUCAGUCUCUGAUGUUUCCACCGUCUGGCUCCCCAGAACCGGAGCCCAUCCGAAGUACAAGCAGGUCUUCAACACCAGCGAUCUUUGCUUCUGAUCCUGCAACCUGCCCCAUUAUUCCUGGCUGUGAAACAACAAUUGAGAUUUCCAAAGGGCGAACAGGGCUGGGCCUGAGCAUCGUUGGGGGGUCCGACACGCUGCUGGGUGCGAUUAUUAUCCAUGAGGUCUAUGAAGAAGGAGCAGCAUGUAAAGAUGGAAGACUCUGGGCUGGAGAUCAGAUUUUAGAGGUGAAUGGAAUUGACUUGAGAAAAGCCACACAUGAUGAAGCAAUAAAUGUCCUGAGACAGACACCGCAGAGAGUGCGCCUGACGCUCUACAGAGAUGAGACCCCAUACAAAGAGGAGGAUGUGUGUGACACUCUCACCAUUGAGCUACAGAAGAAGCCGGGAAAGGGCCUGGGAUUGAGUAUUGUUGGUAAAAGAAAUGACACUGGAGUUUUUGUGUCAGACAUCGUCAAAGGAGGAAUUGCAGAUGCCGAUGGGAGGCUGAUGCAGGGAGACCAGAUAUUAAUGGUGAAUGGAGAAGAUGUUCAUAAUGCCACCCAGGAAGCUGUUGCUGCUUUGCUAAAGUGUUCCCUAGGCACAGUAACCUUGGAAGUUGGAAGAAUCAAAGCCAGUCCAUUUCAUUCUGAGAGGAGGCCUUCUCAAAGCAGCCAGGUGAGUGAAGGCAGCCUGUCAUCUUUCACUUUUCCACUUUCUGGAUCCGGUACAUCUGAGUCGCUGGAUGGUAGUUCAAAGAAGAAUGCAGUGGCAUCUGAAAUACAGGGAUUAAGAACAGUUGAAAUAAAGAAGGGGCCUACUGACUCACUGGGAAUCAGCAUUGCUGGAGGAGUGGGCAGCCCACUUGGUGAUGUUCCUAUAUUUAUUGCAAUGAUGCACCCAAAUGGAGUUGCAGCUCAUACCCAGAAACUCAGAGUUGGGGAUAAGAUUGUCACUAUCUGUGGCACAUCCACUGAGGGGAUGACUCACACCCAAGCAGUUAACUUACUGAAAAAUGCCUCUGUCUCCAUUGAAAUGCAGGUUGUUGCUGGAGGAGAUGUGAGUGUGGUCACAGGUCAUCAGCAGGAACCUGCCAAUUCUAGUCUUUCCUUCACGGGGCCGACAUCAAGCAGUAUAUUUCAGGAUGAUUUAGGACCUCCUCAGUGCAAGUCUAUUACACUAGACAGAGGACCAGAUGGCUUAGGCUUCAGUAUAGUAGGAGGAUAUGGCAGCCCUCAUGGAGACUUACCCAUUUAUGUUAAAACAGUGUUUGCAAAGGGAGCAGCCUCUGAAGAUGGGCGUCUAAAAAGGGGCGAUCAGAUCAUUGCUGUCAACGGGCAGAGUCUAGAAGGUGUAACCCAUGAAGAAGCCGUUGCCAUCCUUAAGCGGACAAAAGGCACUGUCACUUUGAUGGUUCUCUCCUGAAUUGGCUGCCAGAAUUGAACCAACCCAACCCCUCAUCUCCCACUGUAAAACUGGUCUUGUGGAAUACUUUCCUUUGCUGUGUUCAUCAGGGUCUUCAAAACUGUAGGGGAAAAAAAAUAUUUAAGUUUGUUUUUCUCAUAAGGAAGUGGUUUUCUAACAUCAUUUUUUCUUUCCUCUUGUAUUCUGUGAACCUAUACGUUGUAUAAGUAAAUCAGGUUUUUCUUUGUGAAGAUAUCUAACAUUUUAUAGUCACACAGGCAAAAAUUGUUACAAGCUAAACUGGUUAGUAGAAACAAAAAUAAUUCUAAAGCUAAUCAAAGAGAAAUGGCUUCACUAAAUUAGGGUGAA